CCUGUUCUUUAGUCUCCCUCAACCUGGAACAGUUCCUCUGUCUUUCCUUGUCUCUUAUGAUCUUGAUACAUUUUAAAGAUUACAAGCCAGUUAUUUUGUAGACUGUGCUUUAAUUUGGGUUUUUCUGAUGUAUCCUUAUGACUGAAUUUAAGUUAUACGUUGAAGGUAAGAAAAUCAUAAAAGUGACACUGGGUUCUCACUGCAUUCUAUAAGGUGGCACACAGUUCUGAUUUGACCACUACUGAUAAUAUUACUGUGACCACUUGAUUAAGGUGGUUAUACCAGGCUUCCCUACUGUAAAGUUACUCUUCUUUCCUUUUUAAUUAUUUUGCAUGGAGAUUAGUUUGUGUGAUUAUAUAAACAUCCCAUUCCUCAUCACUGAUUUUAUUCAUUUACUUAUAUAAUUAUCAAUUUAUGGACUCCUGUUUUAUUCAAUGGAUUAUAAUUUAUAACUGUCCUUAUUUAUAUUGAUGCCCAAACUGUCCUAGUUUUGGCCAACAGGAACCUCUGCAUGUUGGCUUCUGUAUCUUGUUGACGUGUCCCUAUCAUCCUUCAACUACUUCCUUACUUUCUAUAUCCUAAGAUGUCCCAGGUUCCUCCUGACCUUCCCCUGCUCCACCUAUGGAAUCCACUGCAUCUCCAGAGUCCUGGUUCCUUGUAUGCCUCCUCAUCUCAUAAGCCUCCUAGGACUAGAAGAGGCAAGCUAUUCUUUCAUUUCUUUCAUCUUCCUAACUCUAGCUUUGUGGCUUCACUUCAAUAUUGAACAUGGUAUAUUUUCUCCAGAAUAUGAGAGAAUACCGUACUACUUAUGUACUCAUCUUAAAGGACAACCAGUUGAUGAAUCCCCAAAGUAAAGUGGUGAAAUGAUUUGAAAUUGGGCAAGUUUAAAACUGGCAAAAUAUAUGAUGCAUCAAACUUCUACCAAUCUCUACAAUAAUCUACCCUGUACCAUUUUGAAACUGUAGUAAAAACAAACAAAAACUCUGACUCCCUUUCUCUAAAUUUCAUUAACCGACUUAACAUAUUCUAAUUGAAUAUGCUAUACUAGGAACUUUGAUCUGUGUAAGACAGUAGUAACCAUUAAACUGUGAAAGUUUGCUGGCUGAAAGUAUCCAUGACCAUAUUCGCAAGUGUUAGACUGAAUAUAAACAGUAAGGAAAAGGUACUUUCAAGAUUUUUUUGCAACUAAUGGACAAAGUCAUGGCUCAUCUCCUUUAGUGUGACUGAUGAGGCUGAGUCACUGGUCAAACACUUGCUUCCAAGGACAUUAUUUGGUACAUUAACACGAUAAUAAUUAUAUAUAUACAAAAGUAGUAAAUCAUUUCAAGGGAGUCAUAUGAGUACUUUCUCAGGAAAAUAUAAGACUUGGCUUGACAGUGCACAAAUUUGUGUUAGCAAUACACUUUCCUUAAACAAUCAAAUUGGGAGUAGAAAAUGAUGGCAUUACACAAGACUAUUAUAAAACAUGAGAAAAGACAUAUCAUUUUCUAAUCACUUAGAAAUGUAUAUGCUGGUAAAACACAUGGAAGUAUUUCACCGUCUGAUAACUAUGUCUUGAGCAAUACAAAAGAAAUAGAUCUGUAUACACUGUGAUACUGACAUAUCUCUUCCUGUAACAGUACUAAUUUAGCAUGAAAUUAUGAACCAGAACUUCCAAAUGUUUUUUGAACCAAUUCCCCUACCAACCCUGUAAAAAAAACUAUUAUAGUAUCAUUCUUACAAAGAAGCUAAGGCUGUGGGAGAUACUCUGCCUAAGAUGACACAGCUAGUACAUGGUAGUUCAGAUUUAAGCAGAGGCCUUCUAUGAGUUAGCACAGACUUAACUACACCACCAAGGCAGCAUGAAAAAAACUGAAAGAAUAGCAACAGAAGAUGGAAAUAAAAGUUAAAGUGAGAUAUGUUUCAAAAAAAGAUUACCUAAAGAAAGAAGGAAAAGGAAAAGAGAAAGAAAUAGGAAGCUGAGAUAGUAGGGAGGAGAGAGUAAGAGAGGACAAGCAGUGGAGGAGAAUGUGCUGCUCUAGCACACAGCAGAAGACAGGAAAACGCUGCUUGGUUUCGCUUGGAUGUUCUAGGGAUUGUAUUGUAGUGCUAAAUAUUUAGCUUAGAAACUGUUUUCAAAUUUGAAGAACUGCUAUUGGUUGAGCAUAUGCUACCUUCUGGAUAUCAGAAAAUUCGUAGAUAGUAAAUUUAAGUUUACAUUGAAAGAAAAAAAUACUUUUUCAUGAAGCUGAAAUAAGGGAAACUUGUAACAAGGCAAACUCAAACAGAAGCACCAACCACUAGUAUUUUUAUUGAACAAUAUUAACUUCUCACUGAUUUCCUUGGGUUCUCAAGUAUCUAAGUAAAUCUUAAUAGGCAAUCUAAACAUCUUAAAGCUAGGAAUUCACUAGCAUUCGAAGAAGAACCAAAUGUCCCUCCGUGCCCCCCCAAAGCCCCCCAAAACAAAGUGACAAAGUGACUAACAGGGCCCAGCUAGGUUGGGGGCUGAAGGUGGGGAGCCAUAUCACCCUGGUAUAGGUGUUAAAGCCAGACCAGGUGUAAGAGGGUGUUCGUGACCUGCCCAGUAGUGAGGAGAGGAUCCGUGUAGGAGGAGAGUCAGUACAGGCGGCCAAAGCACAAGCAGAAUGAAAACAGUAUCUCUACAAAAGCACGGUUGGGCUUCAGGUGAGGAAGAGUCCUUGUGUAGCUGGGCAGGGGGUAGGAAGAAUGAGAGAGAGAUGCCUGGCAGUGUCAGAGCAUGAGCUCAGUAAAAAGGACUCCAUGAGGAAGGGCAACCUGGCACAGAAUGUCAGAGCCUAGAUGAGGUAGAAAGGGUGUCAACACAGGAUAAGGUAUUGUGGUGGUGGCCUGGAGUUGGGUGAUAAGAACCGAGCUGGGUGAGAAGGACAUUUGUGCAAUGAAGGGGACAGUAGCAAGUUUGGUUACAUAUAAGACGACUGAUCAAAAUAAGGAAAUAUAUUAAAGAUACUUAGAGCCAGAUUUCUGUCAGAAAAAGGAAUUACAAAUAAGGAAAAGGAAAAAAUUAGAAUGAACUCGGUAUUAUUAGAUUAAAAUGGAAAGCACUGGUGUCAACUUAUGGUUUUCAAUACAGAUAUAUAGGAAAAGUCAAAUCUCCUGGAAACUCUUCUGGUUCUCUUUCUACAGCUUCAAAAAGCUUUCAUGAAACAGAGAAGGAUGGGCCUGAACGACUUUAUUCAGAAGAUUGCCAGUAACUCCUAUGCAUGCAAACACCCUGAAGUUCAGUCCAUUUUGAAAAUCUCCCAACCUCAGGAGCCUGAGCUCAUGAAUGCCAACCCUUCUCCUCCACCAAGUCCUUCUCAGCAAAUUAACCUGGGCUCAUCAUCCAAUCCUCAUGCUAAACCAUCUGACUUUCACUUCUUGAAAGUGAUCGGGAAGGGCAGUUUUGGAAAGGUUCUCCUGGCAAGACACAAAGCCGAAGAAGCAUUCUAUGCAGUCAAAGUUUUACAAAAGAAAGCGAUCCUGAAAAAAAAGGAGGAAAAGCAUAUUAUGUCUGAGCAGAAUGUUCUCCUGAAGAACGUGAAACACCCUUUCCUGGUGGGCCUUCACUUCUCUUUCCAGACGGCUGACAAACUGUACUUUGUCCUAGACUACAUUAACGGUGGAGAGUCGUUCUACCAUCUCCAGAGGGAGCGAUGCUUCCUGGAAACACGGGCUCGGUUCAAUGCUGCUGAAAUAGCCAGUGCCUUGGGUUACCUGCACUCUCUGAACAUCAUUUAUAGAGACUUAAAGCCAGAGAAUAUUUUGCUGGAUUCACAGGGACACAUUGUCCUUACUGACUUUGGAUUCUAGGAGAACACUGAACACAAUGGCAUGACGUCCACCUUCUGUGGCACACCCAAGUAUCUUGCACCUGAGGUGCUUCAUAAGCAGCCUUAUGAUAGGAGCAUGGACUGGUGGUGUCUGGGGGCCGUCUUAUAUGAGAUGCUGUAUGGCCUGCCUCCCUUUUAUAGCCGAAACACAGCUGAGAUGUACGACAACAUUCUGAACAAACCCCUCCAGUUGAAGCCAAAUAUUACAAAUUCUGCAAGACACGUCCUGGAGGGCCUCCUGCAGGAGGACAGGACAAAGAGGCUUGGUGCCAAGGAUGACUUUAUGGAGAUUAAGAAUCACGUCUGCUUCUCCCUAAUUAACUCGGAUGAUCUCAUUAAUAAGAAGUUAACUCCCCCUUUUAACCCAAAUGUGAGUGGACCCAGCAACCUGGGGCACUUUGAUCCCGAGUUUACCAAAGAGCCGGUCCCCAACUCCAUUGGUCGGUCACCCGACGGUAUCCUCCUCACAGCCAGCAUCAAGGAAGCGGCCGAAGCCUUCCUGGGCUUUUCCUACGCACCUCCCGUGGACUCUUUCCUCUGAAUGGUCUUAGGGUUGGUUGCAAAGGAUUUUACGGGCGUUUUUGAAAUGUUUUAGUUAGCCUUUUGGCAGAGCUGCCAGCUGACAGGACAUCUUAAAAGAGAAUUUGCACAUCCCUGGAAGCUUGCACAUCUUGGCAAUCUUAUUGCACACUGUUUGCUGGAAGCUUUUCGAAGAGCACAUCCUCCUCACUGAGCUCGUGAGGUUUUCCUUAUUCUUCCUUCCAGUGUGGUGCUAUCUCAGAAAUGAGCAGUAGAGGGCUGCCCCAGACAGAUGCAGUGGUCUCAUUCGAAAGAGGACGCUGUUCUGAGAAGGAGCUUCUGAAGGUCUGUCUGGGCUGUGAUAACGAAUCUUAUGAAACAUGCCUUUUCUGAUGAGAUCGUGUUAGCUCCAAAGUUCUUUCUGUUGCCGAGUGUUUCCGUUCUGUUUUUCCUUGUGGACUUCCUGUGUGAUCAGCCGUAUGAGUGUGGUAUGCUUGCUCACAGAAGGACUCAGUUAUAAGCAUCGAUGUGACACUUGCAAACACUACAACGUGGGACAUUGUUUGUUUCUUCCAUAUUUGGAAGAUAAAUUUAUGUGUAGGCUGUUUUUUUUUGUAAGAUAUAGUUAAUAACUAAAAUUUAUCGAAAAUGGUCUUGCAACGACUUGUAUCCAGAUGCUUAAAGAAGCAUUGCUGCUACAAAUAUUUCUAUUUUUAGAAAAGGUUUUUAUGGACCAAUGCCCCAGUUGUCAGUCAGAGCCUGGUGUUUUCAUUGUUUAAAAUAUCACCUGUAAAAUGGGCAUUAAAUAUGCUUUUGUUUCUUUUUUGCAUUCCUGAUAAUUAUAUGUAUUGUAUAAAGAAAGUCUGUACAUUGGGUUAUAACACUAGUAUAUUUAAAUUUACAGGCUUAUUUGUAAUGUAAACCACCAUUUUAAUGUACUGUAAUUAACAUGGUUUUAAUAAUGUACAAUUCUUUCCCCCCUCCCUACCACACACCUUUUUUUGUGUGUGAA